AUGCACUCGUUCACCGUUUCGGCCGCCCUGGUGGCGUCCGCUUCUCUUGCUCUUGCAGCACCCGCGAACCUCGUCGGCCGCAGCACUUUUGAGGUCAAGCAGGUCGCCCACGGCAGAGUCUUCCGCAAUGGCCCGUCCCAGAUGAUGAAGACCUUCCACAAAUAUGCGCGUGUCGGCGCAAAGGCCCCGUCUGAGGUUGUUAUGGCUGCUGCUGCGGCGCAGAGUGGCGAGGUGGCUGCCGACCCGCAGCAGUACGACCAGGCGUACCUCAGCCCGGUGACUAUUGGGAACAGCGAGUUGAUGUUGGAUUUUGAUACUGGGUCUGCUGAUCUCUGGGCCUUCUCCAACGAAACACCCGCCUCCCAGUCUCAAGGCCAUGAACGCUACGACUCCGCCACCGGCACCGAGCUCGACGGCUACUCCUGGAGCAUCACCUACGGCGACCAAUCCGGCGCCGGAGGAAAUGUCUACACCGACAAAGUGGUCGUAGGCGGAGUGACCGCCACCCGCCAGGCCGUUGAAGCCGCCACAUCGGUGUCUGCUUCCUUCUCCCAGAACAUCGAUUCUGACGGCCUCCUCGGCUUGGCCUUCAGCAGCAUCAACACCGUCCAACCAAGGCAGCAAACCACCUUCUUCGAUACUGUCCGCCCUACUCUGGCUAAGGCCCUCUUCACCUGCGACCUCCGCCAAGGCGACGCCGGUUCCUACACUUUCGGCUACAUCGACAGCUCCAAGUACCAGGGCACUGUGACCUACGUCCCCGUCGACGACUCUCAAGGAUUCUGGCAAUUCACCGCCGGCGGCUACUCUGUCGGCGGCGACAACGCCACCUCCGGAUCUGUUGGAACUGCUAUCGCGGACACCGGCACCUCGCUGCUCUACCUCCCUGCCGCUGUCACUAAGGCCUACUACGAGCAAGCUGGUGGACGAUAUGAUAACCAGCAGGGUGGCUACACCCUCCCCUGCAACGGCGGCGCACCGGAUUUCAGUGUGGCGAUUGGAGGGAAGACGUUCACGGUUCCGGGGUCGUACAUUGCGUACGCGCCGUUGACGACGGGUAGCUCGACUUGCUUUGGUGGGAUUCAGCCGGACACUGGCAUCGGUUUCAGCAUCUUUGGUGAUGUUUUCUUGAAGGCUGUCUACGCCAUCUUUGAUGUGAGCCAAGGCAGCCCUAGGCUCGGAUUUGCUGCGCAGGCGUGA